AUAUGCAUUACGAAACGUAUAUUUGAUCAAAUAAACCACACGUAGCAAAUAAUCCAUGACAUCUUUCGAUAACUAAAUUCGACACUCUCGUUGGACCCAGUUAUCCAUCUCUGCCCAUAUCCACCAGUGAGCUCCAGCAUGCGUCUAGACUUUGCGUCUUGACUUUACGUCUAGACUUUACGUCGUGGCGUUGUUUGACUUGAGAACAAACGCACGCAGUUGCAUUUAAAGAAAUCACCCCGCCGGCAGAUUUCUUGAAUGAGCUGAGAGCAGUAAACAUUGACGUCUGUUGAAUUAAUAUAUUGGCAACACCUACGCCAAAACAGGAAAAUGGCUGUGAACGUUUACUCAACCUCAGUGUGCAGUGACAACUUGAGUCGUCAUGACAUGCUUGCAUGGAUCAACGAAUCGUUACAGAUCAACCUUACUAAGAUAGAGCUGUUAUGUUCAGGUGCGGCCUACUGCCAGUUUAUGGACAUGCUCUUCCCCGGCUGUGUGCCUUUGAAGAAAGUCAAAUUUGCUGCAAAACUAGAGCACGAAUUCAUUCACAACUUUAAGAUCUUGCAAGCUGGCUUCAAAAGAAUGGAUGUUGACAAAAUCAUCCCUGUUGACAAGUUGAUAAAAAGCAAGUUCCAGGACAACUUUGAGUUUGUGCAGUGGUUCAAGAAGUUCUUUGAUGCCAACUAUGAUGGGAAAGAAUACGACCCUGUGGAGGCUCGCCAGGGCCAAGACUCCAUGUCCAACCCCGCCAUGUCGGCCCUCAACAAGCCCAAGAAAAUCCUCAACACUGCACCCCAGCGGUCAGCAGUUGCCAAGGUAGCACCCAAAAUGGCGCGGAGACCAGGGGCUGGUGGAGGUGACGAGGAGCGGGCAGAACUCAUCCAGGAGGUGAAUAUACUGAAGUCCACCAUCCAGGACAUGGAGAAGGAGAGGGACUUUUAUUUUGGCAAACUGAGGAACAUUGAGCUCAUCUGCCAAGAGAAGGAAGGAGAGGGUGAUCCCACACUGCAGAGGAUCGUGGAUAUACUCUACGCCACAGAUGAGGGCUUUGUCAUACCGGACGCUGAGUCAGAGGACCAGGAGGAGUUCUAACGUUCAAGACUGGAUCAUGCAGCUUUUAAUACAACCCCUCAACCCACCAAACCCCUUCAAUCAGCUACAUCUCCAUCCUCACCCUACGUACAAGGACCCCCCCCCCCCCCCCAGAAAUGUAUCAUGUUAUGUGGUCUGAGUGGACUGUAUAUUAAAAAACAUUUUUCUGUAAAAUCAAGUUGAAAUAAGAGGUGCGGGUGUGAAGAACCUCUUCUGAAAGCCCUUCUCUGGGUCAUCCCAUUGGCCCGUAUCAGCUUCAUGCUGGUAGAAGGCAGCCAUUUUGGCUCUAUUUGGGUCCAGAAGAGUGAACUGUCCAUCUGUAAGAUAUCACUUAUUUUAUUUUUUUCCCCCUCAAUUUCUGUGUCUGUUCCGGGAAUUGGAGUUACAAGUUCAUUUGAACCUGCACUCACUUUUGUACAUAGUAUUUUUCUUAUUUUACCUGUUUCCUAAAUUAUCACUCUUUGCCAUGUGUAGCAAUUGUUUUCUGGGUCAGAGCUAAAUCACUGAGUUUCUACUUGGUUAAUGUAGUGAUCGUGGGACAUUUAUUUGCUUUACUAACCAACUGUUCAUAUCCCUCGAACCUAAUUGUGUUCACUACUUUCAUUUAGUCUCCUCCUGUUUGGAGAUUAACCUUUUCUUUAAAUGGUGCAAUCCUUUUUAUUCCAGGAAAGUGGCAUUUUUUUUCUCUCAAAGAUUCAGGUCAACGUCUCUUAGUGUGGCUGCAAUUCUCGGGACGGCUCAUAACAACCUGACAAUAUUUAUAAAGUAACAUGUUAGAAACUACAAGCUUAUGGUGGAAUACUUUGUGAUUUAUCUGUUUUUUUGUCUCUUGGAUGUUGGAAGGCAUGUGCACUGUGGAUGCCACGAACUCUCUGGUCCCAAGCUUAUCCCAAAUUACCCACUUUGUUUUUAAAAUUGUUCACUUGGCAGGGGAUGAAGUUAACUUGAUUUAGCAGCUCUAGUGUCUAAUGCAUCUUCUUAAGGAAUGCAAAAUGUGACUUUUUCUAUUUUCUACCUUCAUUUUUUUUUUUUUUUUUUACUCCUGUCUUGCAUUUGAAUCUGUUUUGAUUAUGUAGCCACUGCACCAUUGACAGGUUCUAGGCCCAAAACGCUGAUACGUAAAUAGAACUGCUAGCCUCUGCACUGGAAUAUCAGAGAUUUUCAAAGUUUAUGAAUUGCCUUAUUCUUAAAUACCUUUCAUAACCUACAUAUGUGACUUUGUACUCUCUUUUUGGCAAAUGUUUGUAAUUUGAUUUAAAGAAUUGUCAUUUCAGAUCUUAUCGUUUUUUUUGUUGUUUUUCUGCUGCUCUGAAUGGAAGUCUAGAGAAUCUGGCAAAUAGAUUCUCAGUCUUCCAGUUAAUACAAUGCUCUGACAAAGGCCAAUUUACAUUUGUAUAUCAUUGAUGGUUCAUUUGAAGUGUUCUGAACUUAUUGGUGUACUUAAUCUAACUGGUGCCACCCAUCUGUUUGCUGAAAUGACCUGUCUGAUUAAUUAGAAGUACAUAACUGACAAGUCCAAAGUCUUGCCUCCUUGCAGGGCCUGUUAAAUAAUGUGUAUAAUAAAUUGAACAAUAAUGCCACAAUGUUAUCUAUAGCAUACUUUGGUUGUGCUGAUAGCUGGGCAUUAGCUUUGCAUGUAGUUUUUUAUGAAGGGGAUUUUCUGGUGCUGAAUAUGUAAUGAAUUGGCUUGAAGUCCACGUGGGAGCUGCACAUAGAUUUAACCAUUGUAGUGUACUUCAGUUUUCUGGCACUAAAACGGGACCUUUCUAGGCAAUGAAGGAAGUUUGAAUGACGUGCAAAAACCUUCCGAAAUGCAUUAGGAUGCCUGGCUGUAAUAUUAUUUCUUUUUUUCAAUUACGUUUUGGUCCUCGUUGUGUUCUUCAGGACCACAACCCUAAUUUAAUUUGUCUACUUUUUGAGAUUGCCACAUCCAACAGUUUUUCAAAAUGUAUUGGGAUAUGAAUGUGUAUGUUUGACACAGAGAUGAUCAUUGUGACUGUUGACCUUGAGUCCAGAAACAUUGUUUUGAGUGAUAGUUUAAAAACAUAAUUGUCCUUUUAUUAGAUUAUUUUUUUUGGCUUGUUUGAUGACUAAACUAUCCUGGUGGCCGAUUUUUAUUUUAUUUUUUGUAUAUUUUUUUUUAGUUAUUUUUAAUUUGUUUUGUAUUCUUUAUGUAUAUAUGUAUGUGUGGGUAUUUGGGUCUUAAACAUGGGUCAUGUUCCAGCAGUCUACAAUCAAUGGUUGUGUGCAUCGUCAUCGACUGCGCAGUCUAUCAGUUUGCUAUAUCAUGUGGUUUGCAGAUAUUAAACACUUACCCAGAAGUUGAGAUCUGGCAGACAUCUACAAUGUAGUCAGUCUGGAACGUGGAAAUUGUUUUGGUAAAGUGCAUUUUAUAUGCAAGGCAGAACCCCCGCAAUGGCCUGUUUCAAUCUAACCUUGUGACAAUCUUGACCUUUAACCAUCGAACAACUCCCUGUUAGCUAUUGGUUCCUGAUUGUAUUAUUUUCUAGAUAUUUUGAAUGAUUAGUGUGGUUAUUGGAAGGAGCCCUUGAAGCUCUUGUGUUUUUGGGGUGUGAAAGAUCAGUGGUGCUCAUCAGAUCUCCCCUGUGACGACAUACUCAAUCUGUGCUGACAUUCUGGUACACUGUGGGCCUUGUGCCACCUUCUGCUCUCUUUUUUUUGUCUAUUUAUUUUUUAUUUUUUUAGAUUAAAAAAAAGAAUUGUAUUUCAGCGGGAAAUGUAUCUUAUGUUUUCUGAUUUACUUAAAUCAUGUUUGCCGAAUUAAGUUUCUUAUAAACAGUAUUUCAAGAUUUA